AUGCCUGCCAUGGAUGACCAUAUUUCUGUUAUCCCAUCGCCAAGAUUUAAGGAAAUUUUGUUUGAGUUUAAAGAAGGUGAAGACACUCCCAAGAGCAUUAGGGAAAAAUUAGUGGCUGAAGAAGACACUGACAAGGAGAUAAAGUUAACCACUGAAGAAGUGGAAUGGUGCCACACCAAAAUCAGAGAAAGUAACAAGCCAGAGAGGAUCCACAAGCUCCUCUCGGAGAGUCAGAUCAUCUUGCCUAAAUAUGAACCUCCGCCCCGUAGCCCAGAACUGGAGGCUCGUGUCCAGAGGCUCCGCUUUGAGCAGGAGAACCGGGAAUACAAAAAUAUGACUAGAUCAGUAGAUGCCACAUAUCAAAGGGAAAAUUUAGGUCUUGGGGAAAUUGGAAAAGACAUCAGAACUGUUAAUCAGCACAUUAUUUCUGGGAUGCAGUAUCUUCUGUCUGUUGUUGGCACAUUUUUUGCCAUUUUUAUAGGAGUGGGCAUGGCCACUCCAGACUAUGGUGUGAGAGCUUUGGUGGCUACUAUAGCAGCGGUCAUUGUGGGCUUGGCUGAGCUGUUCUUCAUCAUCAGAGAGGAUGCUAAAAAGGAAAGCAAGAUUAAAAAGGAAUAGCAAGCUCUAGUUUUGCCAACAGCAUUACAAUUCAUAAUUUGUGAAUCAUGAGAGUUAAACAGUCACCUGUACAUAGGUUAAAACAGAAAUGAUUAUGGACAAUCAGCCACAAAGUACACACAUGUAUUUCUUCAGUCCUUUCUGGUCCCUCCAUACCAUGUCAAGGCCAAGGCAGUGUCUCUUCCCAUGGUGGUACUUCAAUAAGUAUUAAGGUAGCAUUUGGUCUACCAUAAGAAACAGUAUUGACUUUAUUGUACACAACUUGUAUUACAAUGAAGGAAGAUCAUGUAUAAAUUAAGUGUCUGGUCUCAUAUGAAUGUGUCCUGACACACACACACAAACACACAGAUGGUGAGUUGCAGUGAUCAGUGUCAUAAGAUAAGCAGUGGUCUCUGUCGGCAAUUAAAUUACAUUGAGAGGGGAGUCUCUCUCUCUCUCUCUCCCCUUAUGUCACUCUAUCUCCAUUUCUCUUACUACCUGAAGAAUGUGCCCAUCCUCAGAGAGAGAGAGAGAGAGAGAGAGAGAGAGAAUAAAUCAGCUCCUCUCCCAUUUCACUGUAUAACAACUACAUACAAAAUACACAGCGCUGUGCUGCUGUCUGUGAUUGUAAGUGCAAGGUGAAUGGUGUUUACACAAGAUAGUCCUGUAAAAUAAGUCUACACCACUAACCAACCUGCACAUCAAUAAAGGAAAAUGUGGAGGACCUGCCUAGUCACCUUGCUCCAGCCACUCACUGAGCUGUGGGAUUCUUGGCAUGGACUUCAUCAGUUUGAGAGGAGGACUUCAUCAGUGAGAGGAGCUGUAUACCAUCACAACUAAUGAUUCUGCUCUAGGUAAGAAAUAAUUCAUAUAAUUUUCAAAUCAGUGAUUCCUGCCAAGCCAUUCAGACUACAUGUUUUCUUGAACAAUCACUGUUUAAAGGUAUCAAUAUCCUAUAACGAGUGCAUCAGAGAAAGAGUUGCAGAAUGCUGGUACUUUAUAUACAGACUCCCAAGUAAUGGUAAGCAUGACCAUGAGUGUACUAGAAAGUACAGGCACACUGAAGCCUCCCUGUGUGGAGCAUCAACUGAGGGUUCCAACAUUUUGUGUGAUAUCACUCCUGACUGUAAAUAUAAUUUACUAGAACAUUUAUGUGUGAUAUAACCUCUGGGUGUAAAUAUUUUAAUUUAUUGUCAUACAGGCUGUGUUUGAUAUAGUACUUCUGAUAAGUCAUUCAUUUAUUGCAUUUCUUAUUCUGUGCAUCAUAGUUAAGAGCUGUCAGAAAUAUAUUCCCUAUAUAAAAAGUCUCCCCUCAGCAA